AGCGUGGAACCCGGACGGCGGCGAGGGCGCGGGUAUCAUAUUGUCUGCGCCAUCCCGCGGCCCCUGGGCCACCAUCUUUGUUGGGGGCGGACAACCCGCCAGCCAAGCAGUCUCUCCGCUGCUCAGUUCCUCGGUCUCCCUCCACGUUCACCAGCUGUGCUGAAAAAGCACGAGAAAGAGCCGGGGCCCGGGAGUGGGCUUUCGGCAGACCCUUUCCAUUCAGUCCUCCGUGGUCCCUUCAGUGACAGGCGGACAGGGGAGAGAGAGCGUAGCUCCGAUGACGUCGCGGCCGGCUGCUCCGCCAUCUCAGUUGUGGGCGGCGAGGCGGCAACUUCGGCAGAGCGGAGGGUGUGCGGCUGUUUCAAUGUUGCCGCUCGGCGGGCGUGGACUCUGGCUGGGCCUGGUGGCCGCGGCGGCGGCCGUGAUGGCCGCACGGCUGAUGGGCUGGUGGGGUCCCCGCGCUGGCGUCCGCCUUUUCAUGCCCGAGGAGCUGGCCCGCUACCGCGGCGGCCCCGGGGACCCGGGCCUCUACUUGGCAUUGCUCGGCCGCAUCUACGAUGUGUCCUCUGGCCGGCGGCAUUACGAGCCUGGGGCUCACUAUAGCGGCUUCGCAGGCCGAGACGCAUCCAGAGCGUUUGUGACCGGCGACUACUCUGAAGCAGGCCUUGUGGAUGAUGUAUCUGACUUGUCAUUUUCUGAGAUGCUGACACUUCAACAUUGGCUCUCGUUCUAUGAGAAGAAUUAUCAAUGUGUCGGAAGGGUGAUAGGAAGCUUCUACGGAGCCGAUGGGCAACCUACGGCAGAACUGGCCCGGGUAGAAGCCAUGAUCACCAAAGGCUUGGAGGCAGAUAAACAGGGACUGAAAGAGAAGCAGAAGUUUCCACCAUGCAAUGCUGAGUGGAGCUCAACGAGGGGCAGCCGGUUCUGGUGCUCCCAAAAGAGUGGAGGUGUGAGCAGAGACUGGAUUGGCGUCCCCAGGAAGCUGUAUAAGCCAGGUGCCAAGGAGCCCCACUGCGUGUGUGUGAGAACAACUGGCCCCCCUAGUGACCAGAUGCCGGACAAUCCUACACACAGAAAUCGUGGGGACUUGGACCACCCCAGCUUGGAGGAAUACGCAGGCUGCCCACCCCUGGCUAUCACGUGCUCCUUCCCACUCUAAGCUGGUGCCCCGUAUGCGGAAAACCCACAGAGAACCCUGCCUACACCGCAUGUGCCGUAGGAUGGUUCCUGACGUCAAAUGAGGGCCUGGAAGGGCUCAGGCUUCUGCAGAUGGGCCUCAUGGCUCCUCACCAGGGGCUCGCCAUUCUGGUGACUGAGGCCGGAGCUUGGCAGCCCGCCUGGUACUGGUCAGCCUGUGUUCUCUACAUCUACUUGCCAUCCUCCUUCAGAGCCCUCAGAUAUCAAUGGGCACGAAUAUGACCAACGCAAAACUAACUGGACAGACGAGCAAAGGGCUCUGAGCUCAGUAGCUUCCUUCCCAUGGACUCCCAGGCUGCCCAGCGCAGCUGCUGGCCUGGGCCUACCUGUAACCCCCAGCCCGGUCAGGGGCACUGGCCCAAAGGGACUACAUCAUUCCCUUUCCCCUCAGAAACACACAGACACAUCCAGAAAAGACAAAACAGUGAACAGCGUCAACGUAACUGUCCCAAGCUCCUCACUGGUUAAACACGUGAUGCCUGAUUUUUAUAUAACCUUACAUGUAAGACCUCUACCCUAAGGCAAAGGAAUUUACAACCAGACACCACACUGGGUUGAUCUGAGCUAGGCCAAUACGGUGAGAGGUGCCAAUAAAAUAGGAUAGAGGUAAUUCUGGAAACUGGAAAAGCUUUUGCUUAUAUGGAUGCAGCAAAUCUAGAUGCCUCUGAACAAAGCAAUUUAAAGCAAGGACAGUUCUCUUUUAAACAUUUAAAUUAGGUGUGGUGUGUUUUCAAAGGGAGAAGUCUGCAUUUUGAGCAAAACGUGGUUUCACGUCUCUAACAAGUUAACUGCUUAGCACAAGGUCAAAGUUUGGGCAAGGCUGCAAACGCCAACACAGACAGCCUCAACUUCGCGGUGGCCGGGCUUGCGGCUUGGCCGGUGGGCUGCGUGUCCAAGGUCAUCCAUGAUCCACACUUGACAAACUACAUACCCAUUACCACUUGGAUUCUUCAGUAGGUCAGGCAAGGAAAGUUCCUACUUCACAGAGAAGGAAAUGGAGCCUGGUGCUGUCACAGAUUCAUGGUUUUCUCAUCUGAGACUUCAGCUCCUUUCCCAAUGCCCUCAACUCUUGUUCUAUUCUCUAUUCUUCUUCUUUCCUCUCUCUUUUUUUCCUCUCCUCCAUCAUUAAUCUCACUACAUAGCUUUCCAGAUUCACUGACUAGAAAAUGGAGCCUGCCUCCCCUUCAGCAGACUCGUGCUUCACUGCCCUCGUGGCCAGCUGUUCCUCACACCUGGGCUCUGCUCUUCACCCUUCCUCACCUGCCCUUCCUCACCUUGCACCUCUCCCUGCCUCUUGGCUCUUCCUUAGGACGCAUGAAACAGCUCACUCCCUUCCCAUCACGAACUAAGCGCCCUCCUUACCACAUUCUUCUGCAGCUCAGUAUCUCUUUCCUGCCACAGCUUUUCCUUAGCUCCUCAGCCCCCUUGGCCUGGCUUCUGCCCUUCUCCGCUGAACAGCAGGACAAGUUCUGUAUUGGCAAGUCCCAUGGCCUCAUUCCUUGAAAGCCUCCUGUCCUCCGUGAACCCCUUCCCACUGGUUCUCACUCCUCCUUCAGCGGCCGCUGAGACAGCUGCCAAAUCUGUACAUAGGCCAGGCGGCUUUCCAAGCAUUUCUGUAGGCAUCUCUCCUCCACAUUUCUGGCAUUCAAUCUUCAUUCAUCUUUUCCCUGAUUCCUCUAGGUCCCCCGGUGAUGGUCCCACUGUCACCAUCUAUACCCAGUCACAGCACGUUAAGAAUCCUGGCGACCAUCACAGCUCCUCCCUGUCCUGUCCUUUCCUCCCCUCCCAUCUCCAAGCGCUGGCAACUCCACCUCCUCAGUUCUGUCCUUCCAUCCAGUUUAGGCUGUCAUCUCUCUGGGUUCCUGCAGGAGUCUGCCUGCACCCCCUGCCUCCAGCCCCCCCCCCCCCCCCCCCACUGCGGGAGUCAUCUUUCUCCAAUGGCCAGGGCGUCCCCAUUCAAGCCCUCAGGGGCUCCCCUACCUGUAAGGAUGGAGUUUUCUGUCUCCUCAGGCUCGCUCCCCCGCCACCUCCCACCUGUACCGUUCUCUCCGCUUCCACCCCACUGCAUUAAGCCUACAGGGCCUUCCCUCAGGCUGUCCCUCCUGCCCGGGAUGACCCCUUCCUCGGCUCAGUGUGUCCACCUCUCGUGUGUUUAAAACAGCUCAGUCAGCACCUCCUGCGCGUGCGAGUUGGCCCAGCAGUUGGACGUAGAUGCACUUACCCCGUUCACUUCUCAGGUAACAAAUGUCAGCGUUCUGGAAGCAUGGAUGCCCUAUCAGCUUCUCGCACUGGAGUGCAGCCUCUCUGAGAACAGGGACCGAGGGUUAGUUGGUUUUGUACCCCCAAAUCUACAGUACCUAGCACGUGGUAAGUGCACAGUGAGCUCUUAUUUUGGAGAUGAGGCGGCCAUGGCCCAGACCUUAGUAAGGGCACAGCAAUAGCCCUGAGCCUGGAAGUCCAGUUCUUGUCCUGAUUCAGGGCCACUUUCACUGCUCCAUAGUUGGGUGUGUGUCUGCCCCACCCCCGGGGCAGGAGCAAGACAGAGGAGGAGAGCUGAGACUAGGGCCUGUUCCAGGUUCACACAGCCCUUGAGCUCUGUGCCUGAGGCAUUGCUAACUGGGAACCAGUCACAGCCACUGCUCUGGUCCUCGUCAUGCAACAAAUAUUUACCAAACACUUGUGUGCCAUGGGGUGGCGGGUGGGAGGAAAGCGAGGCUCCUGAGCUCAAGGAGCGUCCAGAAUGGGGUGAGCCCCUGCUUAGAGAACCCAGAGGCCAUUCUUGGGGCAGAAAUGCAGGGGAGUGUGGGGGCCAGGUCCCGAGAUGUUCAGACUCUCCCAUAAAGAAAGAAGCAAAACAAGGCAUCCUGCGCCCUCCCCGCCCAGUGUGGACUUGGGAGGCACCUAGAGGCUGCCUAAUCUCUGCCCCCUGAACCCACCCACCCUGCAGGACACACUCAGCCGAGCCUCAGCAGGCCGCUGGCUUCCUCACUGGGUGAGAAUUCAUUUUCUCUUUCAGGCCAGUCACUUACUUUAAAGAGCCUCCUCACGAUGGGGCACUGGGUGAAUCUUCAAGUGGUUCAGCACGAGUAGGCUGUCAUUUUAAUGGUCCCAAGGGCUCAGCCAUGGAAGUGAGUGCUUACUGGGGAACAGCCUCUCCUUCCUCUCUCCAGCAGAGGUGGCCCUGGGCAAAACCAUGGCGGGAGGACGUCCCUCUCUGAUGGAAGCCACAGAAAGUUCAGCUCUGGCAAUUAUGACUUGCUGGCAGAGGGAAACGGAGAGGAAAACUAACACGCAUCGGGCAACCAUCCUGGGCAGGGAGCUUUAUCUGUUCUCAUUUAACCUCCAUGCCAGCCUUGAGGCUCUCACUUUAUGGACCAGAAAAGGGGCAUAAAUAUCCCGCUGCCCCCCGCCUUCUCAUGUCUGCAACAGCCAUUGCACCACAGCGCUGAGCUUUUCACCCAUGUCUGCUUCCUCUGCCACACCAGUGAGCACUUAAAGCAAAAGCUGGUCAGCUGCCCUCCAACAUGCUGAAGGAAACUAAUUUUCCUCUAAAUUCUGAGAUUCCAGUUUUCAAUGAACACAGAACUAAGAGUGGAGAGCCCGGGAUUUUGGUUGCAGCUCAGCCACUGCAUGACCACAACCAAGGGAGCCGUGUCUGACUAUCCACCCUGCCCCUGCCUAGCUCAAGGACAAGCUGUGAUCUGACAGGUAGACCCCCUUGGUCAGGUUGGGGCUGUGUGUUCAGG